AUGGAGACUUUCCUGGUCUAUGGCAAUCUUAACAAAAAUCCAUUAUACAGCUGCAACAACACGAAACUCACGUUUUGGGAGCUCUCAGCGAGGCACGAAAAGCAAAGACUUCUUGGAGCACUGUACAUUUGUUAUGGAAUUACCGUCCAGAUUUGCUACCUUUUAUCGCUCUCGGUGAUCGCAAGGAAAGAGUUCCGUUCAAUGUCCUGUUACAAGUUGAUGUUGACUCUUGGCAUUCUUGAUGUGAUUUGUGUGACGGUGAGCUCUGAAUUGACCGGCUAUUUCUACUACAUCGGUUUCGAGUAUUGCAUGUUGCCGACGAUCACCUACAUUUGUGGAUGCUGGAUGAACUGUGGG